AUGCGAGUGGGAGUAUUGGAGAAGGAACAUAGCAUUAGUGAGGGCCAGGCAGGUUUCCGAAAGAACAGGGGGUGUGUAGUCCACGCAUUCACGGUAGGGAGAAUCAUCCAAGGUAGAAAGAGGGCGGGAAAGCCGACGUACUGCUUCUUCCUGGACGUGAAAAAGGCAUACGACACCGUGUGGAGAAAUGGGUUGUGGAAACAACUGUCCAAAUACGGGAUCAAGCGAUACGGAGAACUGUCUAAAUUCUUCGACAUUGAGCAGGGGGUCCCACAAGGUUGCACGCUGUCCCCAACAUUGUUCCAGGUGUUCAUCAACGAUCUGUUGGAAGUCGUAGAGGCAGUCCGGAAGGGAGUAAAAGUAGGGGACACGGAAACGUCGGUUUCAGGAAUGCUGUUUGCGGAUGAUUUUGUCGGUAUGUCGGACACCCCUGAGGGACUGCAACUGCAAAUUGACGCGGCGAAGAAGUUUACUGAUAAGUGGAGAUUGUUCGCCAACGUUAAGGAGAGGGCCGUCAUGGUAUGCAACGAGAACAAGGAGGAACCAGUAGAACAUAGAUGGAAGUGGGGGAUCGAGGAGAUUGCAGUAGUGGACCAGUACACAUACCUCGGAGUAGAGAUCGCAAAAGACUGCUCGUGGAAUGCACACAUGUCCAAGGUAGCGGAAAAGGGCAAAGCACGAGCAGGGAAGCUGCAUCCAAUACUCGCAAACCGGCACCUCGAUACACGCAUCAAAUUGACGGUUUUGAAGAGCGUAAUCGUACCGCCGCUAGAGUACGCCGGAGAAGUAUGGGAAGGAAAUAAGAAGGUAGUGAAAGAACUCGAGGCGGCGCAGAUGAAAGCAGCGAAAACCAUCCUAGGAUGCUCCAGGCGCACAAGUAAUGCAGCCGUGAGGGCAGAAUUGGGGAUCCAAUCCCUACGGUCGGGAAGAGACGCGAGGAAGCUGACCUGGCAGUAUAGCAUGUGCGGGAUGGGAGAGGAGAGGGUGCCGAGGAUUGUAUGGGAGGCGAAGUGGGCAAACAAAAAGAGGAGUAGACAACCCACGGAAUGGGUCAAGGUUGUAGAGGACGUAUGGAAGGGGCUCGACAUCGAUGAAGAUAAAACGCUGGAAACGGAGGGGUUCGAGGAGAAGAUAUGUGUUGCUUGUGCCGAGAGAGAACAUAAUCUAAAGAAAGAAACCAAGGAUAAGGAGGGUCUGGAACCGGGUGGCAUCGUGCGGUGCCUCCGCCGUGCGGGUACCCGCAACCCCGUGAUGCUGCUGGACGAGGUUGACAAGAUCGGCUCCAACGUGAGGGGAGGCGACCCGUCGGCGGCGCUGCUUGAGGUGCUGGACCCGGAACAAAACGACAGCUUCACGGACCACUACGUGAACGUGCCGUUCGACCUGUCCUCGGUGCUGUUUGUCGCCACGGCGAACAAGGUCGACACCAUCCCCGAGCCGCUCCUGGAUCGCUUGGAGGUGAUCCACAUCCCCGGCUACACCCUCGAGGAGAAGGUCAAGAUCGCGGAGGCGUACCUGAUCCCCAAGCAGAUGAAGAAGAACGGCGUGGGCGCCGAGCACAUGCUUCUCCCCCGAAGCACAGUGCUAAGGGUGGCGUCCUCCUACACGAGGGAGGCGGGAGUGAGGCAGCUGGAGCGCGAGCUGGCUGCCGUGUGUCGCCACGUCGCGCUAAAGGUGGGUGUCUGGCAGCAAGACCCCGGAAGCAACAACGAAGACAAAAAGCCGGGGGCGACAAGCUUGAGAGAUGCAUCAAACGGGGAGACGUCUACCCCCGAGGCAAAGCCCUCUUCCUCGUCCUCAUCCUCUUCCUCGACCUUCUCCGCGUCUCCCGCCCACCUAUUGCGAAGUAGAGGCUCCGCCCCCAUAGACGGCUCCUUCCUUGUUUGUGGCGGCAGCAUCUGCGAAGGGGGCGUGAGCAACAGGUCGGGGCUAGCCGGGCAGCGGGCCGACGCUGCGGCGGGUGCGGUUGACGGGUAUACUCGAGCGCCCCCCGCUGCGCUCGCGGGUGACGGGUCAGCGGGAGUCCGGCACAAGGGUUGGCUUCCGGAAGGGAGAGGACGGGGGCGGGGGGAGAUAGACGGGGUGACGGCGGGCAGCACCGCUGGAGGGCUUGAGGAAGAGAGAGAAAGCGCCGGCGGUGAGGUGGUCGCCACAAUCGGCGCUGCCGCUGACGGCAGCGACGGUAACGGUCACGGUCACGACCGAACAUUAUCACCACAGCAGCAGCAGCAACAGCAGCAGCAGCAGCAGCAGCGGCGGCAGCCGCUGGCCUUUCCGCGAAUAGUGGUGACCUGUGAGAUGCUGAGGGGGGUGCUGGGGCCGGAGCUGUACGAGAGUGAGGUGGCGGCCAGGGUCGCCACGCCCGGGACGUGCACGGGGCUGGCCUGGACACCAACAGGCGGGGAGCUGCUGUUCAUCGAGUGCACCAGCAUGCCGGGGACUGGGGCCGUCAAGCUCACCGGGAAGCUCGGAGAGGUAAUGCAAGAGUCGGCCCAGAUCGCGCUCAGCUGGAUCCGCAGCCACGAGCGCGAGAUCUGCCACCGGUUGGGCCUAACCGGCGGCACCGUCCACGCGACAGCAGCAGUGACAGCUACUGGGCGGGGUGGCGGACGCGGCGGCGGCGGCGGCGGCGGCGGCGGCAGUGAAGGUGGCUCCACUGGCCGGCGACGGUCGCCGUUGUCGGGGAAUGAAGACGGCGGCGGCCGCGGCGUGUUGUUCCCUCCAGGAUUCUUCAGCAACACGGACCUGCACCUGCACGUGCCGGCGGGGGGCGUCUCCAAGGACGGCCCUUCGGCUGGGGUGGCGAUCACGAGCGCGCUCUUGUCGCUGCUGCUUGGGCGGGCGAUCGAUACGGCCGUGGCGAUGACAGGAGAGAUAACGCUGCGAGGCCUGGUUCUUCCCGUGGGCGGCGUCCGCGACAAGGUCCUAGCCGCUCGACGAGGAGGGAUUCGCCACAUCCUCCUCCCCUCCCGCAACCGCGGAGACCUAGAAGAGAUCCCCUCCGAGGCCGCUGAAGGCCUGCGAUUCACCUUCGUCGAAAGCAUCGGAGACGUGCUAUUUGCGCUUUUCCCGACAGGGGACGGGAUCGACGUGUCCCCGGAGGAAGAACAGGUGGCGGCUGCCGCCGGGGACGAGGCCGGGGGAGCCGGUACGGGGGGUGUUCGAAGCGCGGCUUUUCAGAGCGUGCGCGAGGGGCCGGGUGGCAGCGUGCCGUUGUUGCAGCAGCAGCAGCAGCAGAGGCAGCAGCAGCGACAGCAGCUGGUGGUCGCUGGCGAGACGGGAGGAGCAGAAGGACGGAGUGGCAGCGAGUGGGAGUGGGAGUAUGUCUCCGGGGUGCUUUUAGAGAGCUUCCUCUAAAAUUGCACUUGUGUAAAAGUGGUUGGUCGGUUCCCGGCAUUGUUGCUGUGGAUUACUUGUUUCUGUGUUUUUGGAGCGCGAUACUUUUCUUCGCCUCGUGAAGAGGUGGACGGAAAAGCUCCCGGACUUCGUGGGGAGAGUGAGGCAUGAGAAAAAAAAUUCCCAUGCGUCCAUGAUGGUUCUUAGUGUGAUGAGUGAAAAUGGACACAUUGCAAUGGUGUAAGUUUGUUGUGGAGGGAAGCAUAUGCAUGCUAGGGUCAAGAAAUUUCCUGUAUCCGGCUGUAUUCGGGUCCCAAGGGUGUUUUUUUUGUGUUGCGUGGCUGCGGUCUUGGUGUUUUGGAGUUUGUCGGCGAAGUGCUGCCGUUCAUGGGGUCGCUUUUGAAGCCCCUCAGCGCCGAAGCUUGCACCCGCGUGUCGUUGUGGCCGACAUGCGAGACUGCGGAAGUAUGUGGCGGGCACUGCUGACGCAUGUGCCGGGUGUAUGUAUUUAGUUGUUGUUGUUGUUGUU